CAAGAUGGAGGGUUGUCCACGGUCUUUAAUGUUAAAUGUGGACUUAAAAGAGAGCUUUCCUACGGAAUUUACCCCACCAUUGAAAACGUAUAUUCGAGACCACUACAACGAAGAUGCGGACUCGUACAAGAAUGAAUGCUCUCAGUUGGAACAACUUCGAACGGCCUCUCUUCGGCCAUCACAUGAUCACUCAGGGUGCAGUACACUACGGCGGUAUUAUGCUCAGCUGCAAUUUUUACAAUCCAGAUUUCCACUGGGUGAAGGAGGAGCAGUUAAUGUGCAGUUUACAUGGACUGAUCUCUAUUCAGAGGAACCAAUCUCAUUGUCUGAUAUAAGAUUUGAACAAGCUGCUAUUCUUCAUAACUUAGAAUCAAGUAUCAGCUUGCAGUACAAAUGUAAGGAUUUGGAACUUACACUUACAGCCAAAUAUAGCAUUGGCGGGGAAGAAAGAAUGGAGGUUGACAAUGAACCUG